AUGGAGAACGGACGCGUAUCAGCCCGGAUCAGGUCGUCCUCUUCACCUCCCAGCGGCAGCGAGACGGCGGCCGAGAGACUCACCGACGACCUCCUUAUCGAGAUCCUCUCGCGCGUGCCCGCCAGGUCGCUCUGCCGCUUCCAGUGCGUCUCCAAGCACUGGCUCGGCCUCAUCAACGACCGCAGCUACCGCCGGAAGCUGCCCCAGACCCUGGCCGGCUUCUACGACGCGGGUCAAUUGCUAGAUUCAGGUGUUCCUUUCACCAAUAUCUUGGGAAGCCGCCAUCUCACAUAUCCCGCCUUCCUGCCCGGCCGUCGGCUGGUCUUUCUCUUGGACUCCUGCCACGGCCUCCUUCUCUUCUCCUCAUACGUUGCUGGCGACCAUGGCGACGAGAUACGGUACGUUGUGUGCAAUCCCGCCACAGAGGAAUGGGCUGAGUUGCCGGAUUCCGGCUAUUCCGGUGAUGCGUCUAGUAUAAACUUGUGUUUUGAUCCAGCCGUGUCCCCCCAUUUCUAUGUGUUUUGUUUGCCGGUCGUGGAGGUGGAGGACCAACAUGGCUUCUGUAUUACCGGAGUGCAUGUCUAUUCAUCUGAAACCGGGAGUUGGGUUCAUAACGAGAAGAGAUGGAGCGGCAAUAUUGAUGUCGCUAAUGAUCCAUCAAUUGUCUAUCUCAAUGGUUAUCUGCAUUUUUGCGCCAUUGUUGAUGGUUCUGCCCGCCGACUAGCUGCAGUGGACAAGGAGGGGGCAGCAAGGACUGACUUUCGUGUUCCUGAUGAUCUGGAUGUUUGUUUUAUUCAGCAGUCACAGGGCUGCCUGCAUUAUGCUGGUUUUGACAGAGAUGGCAAUGAUGAUGAUGUUGUUCAACUGCUAGUUUAUGUUCUUAAAGACUAUGACAGCAAAGAAUGGAUACUGAAGCAUAGCGUUGAAACUUCGCAUGUGUUUGGAGGGCGACACAUAGAAGACCUUGAUGAGGAAUUUAAUUGGAUUGCAAUUCAUCCGGAAUGUAACUUGAUCUUCUUCACUGUGGGCCAGGAUAUCACAUUCAUGUGCUAUGAUGAUGUUGUUCAACUGCUAGUUUAUGUUCUUAAAGACUAUGACAGCAAAGAAUGGAUACUGAAGCAUAGAGUUGAAACUUCGCAUGUGUUUGGAGGGCGACACAUAGAAGACCUUGAAGAGGAAUUUAAUUGGAUUGCAAUUCAUCUGGAAUUUAACUUGAUCUUCUUCACUGUGGGCCAGGAUAUCACAUUCGUGUGCUGUGAUAUGGAUCGUCGACAAGUCAAAGUGAUAUGCAAUCUUGAAAAAGGCAAGCUGCCAUAUUUUCCAUAUGUGCCGCUAUAUGAAGAGCUACAAUCGUUGCACAAGUGA